AAAACAUUCGGAAUUAUCUGAAUUGAAUGUGAAAGUUCUAGAAGCUCUGGAGCUCUAUAACAAACUGAUGAAUGAAACACCGAUGUAUUCAGCCUACUCCAAACUCCACCAUCCCGCACAAUACCCACCUACAUCUUCUGGUGUUUCAGUGCAGUCGUACCCUGUACAGCCACCUAGUGGAAACUACAUGAUCCAGGGUGUUCACCAAGUCACCAUUUCCCCAGGUUACAGCCUGGGACCUGAGCAGAUGGGGCAGAUGAGGUCUCUGCCUCAAAGUAUAAAUUCUUCUGGAGCAACGCAGCCAGCUCAAGCCGCGUAUUUAAGCCCAGGGCCGGAUUCUGUGUUAAACCAGACGUAUGUGAACCAGAACCCUGGCCUUCCCUCAGCUGCCAGCACAGCUGCUUACACCCAGCAGCAGAUGGGAAUAUCAGUGGAUAUGUCGGCUUAUCAGAAUAACACGUCGAGUUUGGCUCAAGGACCAGGUUAUCCCGUGGCGGUUCCUCCUCAUUCCGUUCUACAGCAGCAAACAAAUUACCAUCAACAGCCUCUCCUUUAAAAACAAACCAGCUCGUAUUUCUGAAUUAAUGAAUAAAGGUUGCCUGACCUAAUGGUUUUUAUUAAUACCUGUCAAUGAAUAUCAAAAUACAUUUUCCUUUUAAAUAACCCAACUUACUGUGUUGGGGUUAUGCAGAGUAAAAAAAUAUGCAUCAGAUCUGAUUGUUAAGCACUUGCAUAAAGGUAGUUUGUACUAGAUUAGCUGAUGGUUUAAAAUAAUUUCAGAUUACUUUGAGCCCCUAUUUCAGUGG